AGUACUUGUGGUUCCUAUAAUAAUUACCCACCCGCAACAUUUCAACUACAUUCUUCUUUACCUCACAAAACCUGGGAACUCUCUCUCACGCACACAAACACACACAAUGGAGUCGUCUCCCCGAUUCCAAUUCCCGAUAGACAACAAGUGUAGCGACACAAUAACCCAUGAUUUCUCUCCCUUCUUUCGGGUACACAACGAUGGCCGAAUCGAAAGAUUCAAAGCACCUGAGUUUGCUCCGCCGUCCGAUGAUCCCAACGCCGGCGGUGUCAGAUCAAAAGACAUCGUAAUUUCACCCGAAACAGGCGUCUCCGUCCGUGUCUACAUCCCACAAACCACCAACCCAGAUCACAAAUUCCCUCUCCUAGUCUACAUCCACGGCGGCGGAUUCUGCCUCGGCUCCGCCUCCUCUCCCACCUUCCACAACUUCGUCAACUCCCUGGUGGCCGAAGCCAAAGUCGUCGCUGUCUCCGUCGACUACAGAUUAGCACCGGAACACCAUCUUCCGAUUGCACACGAAGAUUCAUGGGCAGCACUCAAAUGGGUAGUGUCCCAUUCUAGCGGACAGGGUCCGGAGCCAUGGCUCAACAGUCACGCCAAUUUUCAACGCGUCUUCGUCGCCGGAGAGAGUGCCGGAGCUAACAUUGCCAACGAGGUUGUCAUACGGGCCGGAGUUGGUGAUGAAUUGAAUGGGGUGAAGAUUGUGGGGCUUCUUUUGGUACAACCAUUUUUUGGAACUAAGGAAGCUGAUAAAAUGUACCAGUUUAUGUGUCCGAGUAGUAGCGGGUCGGAUGACGACCCGAGACUGAACCCGGCUGUGGAUCCGAGGCUGCCGAGACUCGGGUGCAGGAGGGUGUUGUUUUGUAUUGCAGAGAAAGAUUUUUUGAGGGAUAGGGGAUGGGGUUAUUAUGAGGCAUUAAAGAAGAGUGGGUGGGGUGGUGAGUUGGAGAGUAUGGAGACGGAAGGGGAGGGACAUGGGUUUCAUUUGUUCAACCAGUCUUGUGACAAGGCUGUGACCCUACUCAACCGGUUGGCUUCUUUCUUGAACAAGGACUAGUCAUAAUGUAAUGGUUGGGAGGUCCCCAUCGCUCGUUUUUUUUUUUUUUUUUGGCAUUAUAGAGUUGGAAUAAAGUAUUUUGUUUGCAUUAUAGAGUAGGAAUAAAGUUUUUUGUUUGCAUUAUAGAGUUGGAAUAAAGUUUUUGUUUAUUGAUUUAACAAUAUAAAAUAAAGGAUUUUGAUGGUUA